GUGCUACUUCUAAUCUCCUAAUUUAUUUGUGCUGCCGGGCUGCCUCGGCUUGAAGAGCGGUGGAGAAGUGAGGGAAUGACGGAGAAUGGAGCAUUGCUUUUUCCCCCCCUUUGAGUCGGGCAGGUGGCAGUUCCACUUGUAAAGGGCAUGCAGGCCGUAUCCCUGUCAGAGACCCUGCUGUUUCCCCACUGUCUUUGUGAUGUACUCUGGAUUCUGUACCAGUACUUCCACACUUUCAUCCAAGGCGUCCCCACUCCCUUGUGCCACCGCCCCUCCUGGCUUCCUCUGCCUCACCCGGUUCGUUCUGCUGAUUCAAAAAGUCCCUUCUUUUUAUUCUUCUGUUUCAUUUCGCCUUGUUGAACAGGAGUCUGUUCCACCGCCACAGGAUAGCGCACACUUGCCCAUACAAAACCGCCCGCGGUCCACCCUGCCCACAUUUCUCACUGACUCUCGUUAUUAUUAGAUGGCCGCAGCCUCCCACUCCAACCCGCUGUCCACCACGACCAAUUCCUACACGACACAGGGAGAGACAUCAAACAGGCCGCCAUCCUCCACCAAUCCCUCCGUUGAACCGCCCACUGACCGCCCAAUUGGCUCUGUCGCCGCCUCUCGACAGCAGCUUCAGAGCACCUCGUCCACCGGCUCUUCCUCCGGCAGCCAGAAGCCCGGCAGCCUGUUCGCCUUCGCUGCUGCCGCCAUUGACAAGACCUUCGCAGGCAUUGCCGAGCCGCGGGUUCGGCCCCGACAAUCCUUGAGUCGACUUUCUAUCGGCCCGGACUCGAUCCUCUCCAACGGGCAGCCCAGCCCGGCGAAAGCCUCUUCUCGCAAUCGCACCUCUUCGUCCGCCUUCUCCUCGUCUUCUACCCUCCCCGGAGACGCCAAGUUUUUGAACCCGCCAUCGCUGUUGAAGGACCCACCCUCUCAACCCUACAGUGAGACGGAUCCGACAAGACCGCUCCCGAUCCAUCUCCCCCGUGUGGACAGCAAGAUGCACCAAACAUCAUCCAGGUUACUACGUAUGACGGACGACGAUAGGCCGUUCACAAGAGAUUUCAAAGAUCUCUUCGGCACAUUGAUCGUCAGCCUCCUUCCGCUCUCGGCGCAUCGCGUGCGAUUGACCAAAGUCGAGCACACCUUCCUAUCCGAGGAUGCCAUUAAUAACCUGGGGUCGCUCAAAUUCUCGCAGUCAAAUAGGAUGCCAGAUCCCAAGGAUCCGUCCCGGAUUGUGACGACUACCACUACCACAACCUUUUCUAUGGCGAGGGAUAUGGCCCGGUCCAUAUGCCAGAGAUUUGUCGAUGCGAGGUUUAUCGAAUCCGCAGACGGAAGAUACCAACAGGUGUACAAUAUGAAGGGCUCCGUUUGGCAGCUGACGCCAAAAGGAGUGUGCAUUUUGGAUCGGUUCUGUUCAAGAAACGGCAUCCAACAAAAGCAAGUGGCGGAGCUUGUCAGCACCUGCAUGGCACAUCUGGUGAUCCUCGAACGAAGCGGGCAAACAGACAAGCUCGUGAUGGAUCGUGACACUAUCGAAGUCAUUUUCAGGAGAUUUGUGGGCUCAAACGGAACCAAUGUGAAGUCGAGCGUCAGCUCGGCGGACUCGGAUUCCUUGAACGAUUACCGCGACGGACUUACAGGUGUUAAGAUGGCCGGAGAGCGCAAAGUAGGCGGGAAGACGUUCAAGGAUACCUUCACUGGAAAGGCCGCUACCGACUGGCUUAUGGACUGUUGCACGACGGUUGACCGGAGGGAGACGAUCGAAAUGGCUGCUUUCUUCGUCGAGUACGGCCUAAUCGAAAGCAUACAAUCGGAUCGAUCGUACAUGAUCCAGAACCCAGGCAACAGUCUGUUCCAACCCACCAAGCAUUCCAUCUACCAGCUCACGGCCAAAGGAAAGGAUAUAGUCAACGGCGCGCUGGCGCGAGGACGGCCCUCGGAGAGCGAGGGCCCGUCAGCAUCGGCGAGGGCGGGCAUCGCCCGAGAUUCCAACACGCAGCGGCUGGACAAGAUCCUCAACGACGCUGCUCUACGCCUGUUGUUCCGCGAGAACCUGAGGGAGACGCAUUGCGAGGAGAACCUCUCCUUCUAUGUCGAGGUGGACGAGUUUGUGCGCCAUUCCCGUGGAGCCAUCAGGACAGCGCAGAAGAGCCCCAACAGCACAGCCUCGGCGGACGGCAUCAAGGAAAUCAUGGCCCAAGCAUACGGCAUCUACAACGCCUUCCUGGCCCCUGGCUCUCCGUGCGAGCUGAACAUUGACCACCAGCUGCGGAAUAACCUUGCAACACGGAUGACGAAGGCUGUCGGACAAGAUGUCGCCAUGAUAGAUACCCUUCACGAGGUCAUGUCACUCUUCGAAGACGCUCAGAAUGCUGUCUUCAAACUCAUGGCGAGCGACUCUGUGCCGAAGUUCCUUCGCAGCCCGAAGUACGAGCAGACACUGAAGAAUUACGAUUUCGAUGCGAUUGUCGUCGGCUCAGGUCGCAUCCCCGAGCGCAGCCAGAGCAGAUCAAACCGCAAGUGACCCACAUAACCUACCAAUCAAACAUUGCGGACUCUACGAAUCCUCCGAUCGCAUGGAUCCGGAAUCAGCAGCAUCCAUCCCCCCUCUGCGCAUCAUAUGGCUUCUCAUCGCUCUGUCCUACC